CACGCGCAUAUACAUACAUACAUACAUACAUACAUACAUACAUACAUACAUACAUACAUACAUACAUACACAUCAUAUGCUGAAAUUAAUUUGUUGCUUUUCUCAGUUCCUCUUUAUAGUUGGUCGUUUACAUCGCUUUGUUGACGGUGGAUUACCAGAAACAGCAACAAAGAACAUAUAAAUGCCACAGAGAAAGAAAUACAAAGCAUAACGGAUACAUUGAGAAUAAAAGAACGAGAAAAUGGUAACCGGAACAAUAUCUCCAGUAGCAAGAAUAUGUAGAAGAAUAAUCACAUAAUUCGUAACAACAGUAAAAAUAGUAAUAGCAACAAAAAAUUUCAUUCAACAUAAAAUACUCCCUCUUUGUGAGAAACAAAAUCUCCCACCAUCCCCACAAGGACAACAGCAGCCUUUUCACACUACCAACAGCCACUUAUAUCACUGACAUAGACAAAAGAAGAGGAAGAGAGAAAAUUUAACUGAAUUAUGAUGAAGCGAAAUGUUGAUGAUGACGAGGAAGAGGACGAGGAGGAAUACGACAAGUGUAUAGAGAUGCAGGAAUUGUCAUUAGAAGGAAAAUGUGAUAAUAUUAGUGAGAUCGCAGAGAAGACCAAAAUGGACAGCAAGAAGAGACACCAGUCUUUGUCGUCGAUAAAUCUGGACGGAAGUAACCAAAACCUUAUAAAGCUUCCUUACCUUUCGGGUAAUGGCACGGCUUUAAGAACCAUGAAUGAAGCUGGGAGUUCUCCAGUAGGAAGUCUCGGUAAAACCAGAGAAGAAAGAAUCGCCAAUUUAGAAUGUAAGCCAUUGAGAAUCCAAAACAAAACCAGGAGACCUUUCUCAGAAAUCUACGCAAUUGAUAGAUGCAAAAUAGUUUGUUUCUUCCUGAUGACUCUCGGGAUUUGUUCAGCUUUACCUUACAAUCUGUUGAUCAUCACAGAUACGUAUUUUGAGGACUUCCUGGAUACCCAUGUUAAUGCAACUGCCUCCCAGACGAUGGCAAUAAAAACGUUUCGACCUUAUCUUUUAAUCACAUCAAAAAUCCCCGUAGUAUUCAUAGUAUGUUUUAACACAUAUUAUACAAAUGGCUGCUGCACAGGUUUAGGAAGAACAGUUUCUUUGAGACGGUUGAUUACCAUGGUAGUUCUUAUGAUAAUUGCUUCACUUCUGCUGCUCGUUUUUUCCCUCGUCAUUGUACAAGAAUGGAUGUAUAUAUUUGCAUGGUUGUCUUUGCUAUUUGUCAUAUUUUUAAACGUUACUGGUGCUGUCUUCCAAAAUAGUCUGUUCGGAAUAGCUUUUACUCUUCCAAGAAUGUAUUCUAAUGCUGUGCUCAUUGGAAUGAGUACCUGUGGCUGUUUAUGUUUCACCGUCACCACCAUACUGCUGGCCUUUGAUGUUCCGUUCCGGUACCUCGUUCUCUCAGUGUUCAUCAUUCUCAUACUAACAUUUCUGACGUCUCUACUAAUUUGCUACAUCAUGAAGAAUAUUCAUUUCUUCGAUUACCAUAUCCAAAGAGUUGUCACGCCAAACUGGACAUCUGAAAUAAGUUUUUCAAUCCCGCCACGAGUUUGUCGACUCAAAUUUCAUAAAAAAGUAUGGUUAACAGGUUUCAAUCUGUGCCUCAUACACCUUACAACAUCUUCAAGCUACCCCACAGUAGGACGACAGGUGCACAGAGUGAAUUUUCCUUUUCCAGAUAAAUACUGGACUCUGGUUUUCUUCUAUUUAAUGGUCAAUAUAUUUUCAUUGAUCGGAAAUAUCCUUGGACAGUUUUUAAAGCUAAUGCGGCAUCGGUUUGUAUGGUUAGCGCUCCUCUCUAGAAGUUUACUUUUCAUUCCUUACUUCAUAUUUUGCAAUUACAAACCAGAAGGCUAUGGUACAAGAACAAUACCUGUGUACUUAGAGAACGAUUAUAUGUUUUUUCUGGGUACAAUAUUAAUGGCAUUCUCAUCCGGCUACUACACCAGUGUCUGUGUGAUGUACGCACAAUACAAUACAAACAGAGAAGAUUGCUAUUUGUCCGGUAUGUUAACCAAUACGAUGAUUUACUGUGGAAUGUUCAGUGGUAGCAUUAUUUCUUUAUUCUUCCCAUUUCUGACAAAUGAUGGCAAAGGUCUUUGAAUUUGAAUUCCUUUCUAUGUAUGAAUUUCUUGUGAAUUUCGGAAUUUUUCACCUCCUUUUUGGAUUCACAUUUGCCACUAGAUUUCACAUUUGGCUCAACAAUAAUUUCUUUCAUAGUCUGUCGCUGAAAGAUGAUCAAUACCUAGCAAGGACCCCAGUAUAUUAUUGGUGUUUAUUUCAUAUUAACGAUACGCAUGAGUGCAAGAAUGUGUUGUAUUUAACCUUAAAAGAAUUUGAACAUGGAACCAACAACAUCGAUCCUAAAAGGAAUUUCUGCCAGACGCUAAUGUCUAUAUCUCGGGAAGGUCGUUAUGUCAAUUAUAAACACAAGCACUGAUUCUAUUUCACUCUUUUAUUAUUCGUAAAUUAAUUGACAAUUUCAGCAACUCACUAAUGGGUUUUUUUUAUUUUUAUUUCAUCGUUUGGUUAAUCACUCAGUUAAGAUAAUUUCAUUAAAGUCAUUCCUCCGCCAUUCUGUCAAAGUUCUUUCGUUUCAGUACGAGUUGAGAGGUCAUGUCAAUGAAGAGGUCGUGAAUGGCGAGAAAAGGACUGUGGCUAACAUUAUUGACUGAUUGAUUAACCAAAUAAUUUAUAAAAGAAUCGACUGGGUAGCUGGUUAAAUAGCUAAUCAACUAACAGAUGAUAAAGAAGUGAAACAAAAUCAGUGCGUGUGUUUAUUAUUGGCAUAAUGGCCCUCCCGAGAUACGACAGAAUAUUUUCCAACACACAAGUUCACAUCAGGAAUUUUGCGAACCAAAUACAAACACGAAAUACUUAGGGAUAUAUAUUGAAAGAAUGCUCAGCCAACCAAAUUGAUCCCAGUUCUUAACUGGUUCUUAUUUCUAGCAAACUCCUGAAGACUGCAAUGGAACACCGAACUCAAUGGCUUCGAGCUCAGAACAUAGACAUGUACACAAACACCACUAUGCAUUCUAUAUUUUCCAACAUUCUAAACAUCCAACAUCCAAUGUUCUGCCUUCCAUAAAAAAAAAGUUCUAUUACCGCGUCCAUAUCAAUCCAACUGACUCGGCUUCUGACAAUAAACAAUUAUGAAAAUGG